AUGGCGGACACCAGGCCAGCAAAAGUUACCCUCUCAAAAAAUCUAAUGGAAAUGAAGUUCAUGCAAAGAAGAUCGGAAUCAAAUUAUCGAAAGGAGCUGGAAGAAGAGAGAAAACGCAUGAUUGACGAGUCUCACUGGGUUAUCCAAAAAGCUGGAAGUGAAAGAGGCCAAGUUGAGAUUGAACCAAGUUACAUAAAGUGUGAGCAACUUUACAGCAAUGGCAGAAUGUCCUUCAAGAAUUUUAACCCGACAGUUGAAAAAUUAUUUAAGGAAAUGAAAGCACUAGAUGAAGAAAUGUUUAGUGAGGAACGUGAGAGAGAGACAACAGUAUCAGAUGAAGAAAUGGCAAGAAGAUAUGAUACUCUAGUUGGAACAAUAGGGAAAAAAUUCACAUCCAAGAGGAACAGAUCAAGUACAGAUGAUUCACAAGAUAGAACUACAUCACCAAGCCAUAAAAAGAAAUUAAAAGCUGAAUUUAUGAAACCAAAGGACUAGUUAAAACCCUCCAAAGAAGAAUUGUAUCUUCUCCAUGUCACCUAACUUAUACAAUUUUAAUGUCAUGAUUUUUAAUCAAAUAAUAAUAAUUAUUUAUCAAUUUGUAAUAGCUAGACAAUUAACCAGAGCCAAUGGACAGAUACAAUGUAAAUAUUAUUUAAAGCAACUUUUACUUGAGAAAUAACACUGCUGAACAUUCACUGGCAUUAUUAGAUAUUUUGCUGACAGAAUUUUUAGAUUUAUGUUAAUGAACUUAAAUCAUAACAAUAUCACACAAUAAUUAUGCUAUUGAAGAGCAUUUUAUUUCAAUUUCAGUACAAACCCCGGUUUUCCCAAGUUGAGUACACACACUAAAUCUGUGAAACCAAACUACUACUAAAUAGUGUUGAUGUAGAGUAUAAGAAAGAAAGGAAUUAGAAUAAUUAUUAAWUAGGACUUGCAUUGUACUUUUCAUGGGUCACAGAUUAUGUGUUUACUCUUAUUCACAACAUGUCAAAGAAAAUAAAAAUAAAGUAGAAUUUCAUUAAUAAUUUGUAAGUAUAAAAGGUUUUUUUUACCAAUAAAUAUUUUUUAUCAAAUGAGCAUCAUGGCAAUAACUAUCACAAUAAUUAAAAUCUACCUAGCAUGUAAAAUUCCCUUUUAAACAGAUAAAUGAUAUCUAAAAUGCUGGAAUGUUGAUUUAAAAGGAUUAUUUACAUGAAAAUGCAAAUGGGAAUUUUUGAAUAUUUCUUGAACUAAAACUUCCAUCUAAUGGACGGACCUAAGAAGCACCAUUAAAUAGGCCAUUUGAACAAUCUUAUGAUAUCGUAACCAUAACAACUGGAUUGAUAAGAUCACUAUCAGUUGGAAUGCAAUUAGUUCCAACUUUUUAACUAAAUCUCCAAAAAAAAUUAUAAUGGCUUAAAGCCUCUAUCUUUUUAUCGAAAGGUUUUCAUAAACAUGUAAACUAGUGAAAGRAUCAAAGUUAGAUAACGUUUGAUAAACUAAAAAAAGAGAAAAAAAAAACAUGCAAAGUUGAAAUCAUUGCUCAAGUGAAGUUCACAGGUUCAUGAAAACAACUAAAUGGUUACCCAAUAUACAUGAAUUGUUUAACUUCCAAGCUAACAAGAAUUAGUAGUAAGUUAUCUAGCUUCAGGAAUACUGUUAAUCCAUUAACAUUCUCGUGUUGUAAAGAUGUAAAGACAACAACAAGGUUAUUUGCAUAUAUUUUUGAAUUUCUUUGCAAAAAUAACAAUAACAUUUAAUUCGCUAUUUUUCUAAAGUUUGUGAUUACAAUUACUAGUAUUCCUGUGAAUAUUAAAAACCCUUUGAUGCAAAUGAUUUUACUGUUGACUUUUUCUUUACAAGUGAACUAAUGGGAUUGACUGAAUAUGGGAUACUAUUCUCUACAUUACUAAUAUUACCACACAAGGGACAAAUAGACUCUCUGUUAGGAAUAAAUAAUAGAAUUUCCUUAUUGCAUCUCAUAAGAAACCUAUAAGGGACUUGAAACGUGUAAUGCCCAUACAUUUCUUUAGUACCAAACAUAAUCAAAGCUCAUUAAAAAUUCGAAAAUGAA